AUGACGCCAGCUCGGGCGAAGGAAAUCGAGCAUCUUUUUCCGGAAAGAGAGAGUGACCACCUCUUCUUUCCCAUCUUUAUCCGUCACCACUGGAUUGCGGGAAUCUUCAGUGUGACGAAGGGCAAGAAACCUUGCCUAACAAUAUACGACUCAGCACCGUCUCCAAUUGUGCAACGGGACCUGGUGCAGGCUAUCAGAUCAUGGUGGCCACAAAUCGAGUUGUAUGAAGGCAAAUGGGUGCGCCAAGAACGCUACAGCGAGGAUUGCGGGAUCUUUGUGACGGCAAGGUUCUUCGCCACCUUCUUACAACUGCCGAUAAGGCAUCCUAAAACCCUGCCAAAGCGGUUACGCCCCUACUUACAAGAGGUAACCGACAGCGCUACGAAACUGCCGAAGAAGCAGUUUCUCACGACGAUGGGGCGCAUAUUGCUCAACCAAAAUGGGAGCAAGCUUUUAGGCGGUGGUGAAAACACAAACGCAGCACGAGACGCUGCUACGGACCUUUUGCAGAUGUACUCCAACGUGUCCGACGAGUUGCGACGACGCCAGUUGGGCUACAUGUGGGUGGCCAGCGCUUUGGCCAACCUAGCGGACGGGGCCUCGCGAUCCUUAACAGUGGACAGCAUUGCGAUGCGCGCGAACCGGUACAAAUUUGCUUCGUCAACACCACACGACGUCGCAGAUGCAAUUGUGCGUUUGGGCUUUCCGGUAUUUGGCCUUGGCCGUGCAAACCGAGGAGACCGUCAUGAGAGUUUACUCGCCUUGCCCGAAGAAGGAACGCAAGAAGCGAAUUGUCUUCUCCAUCCGGCACUGUUCGUCCAGACAGGGUCCAGGAGUGGGUUACCACCGGUCAUCCAGGCCGGCAACCGUCCGGAAAGCGGUGAACCGUUGCCAGAGCGGAACUUUAUACUCGGCACGAAGUUCACUGGCUCCAUUAGCCGAAAGAAGGGAGCCUCGUCAGGGCAUUACACCCCAACACGAAACCCUAAGGAGGCUGUCAUCGGAGUAUACAGGCCAGCGGACGAAGCCAAUUGGCCACCGUAUACCGGCGCCAACGCGUCCACGUAUCGCAAGAGGAAAGGACGCCAAGAUCGCCCACCCGCGACAACAACAACAACGACAACAACAACAACGGCGGCACCCCGGCAGCAACAACAACAAACAACACCAUCAUCAAAACCAACUCCGACGAGAACAAAACGCGCCCGACUAGAACCCACCCAGCCCAGGACACCACACCGCCAACAACACCACCAACAGCAACCUCAAGGAAAGCGCACACGUACGAAUGCUGCUGCGGCGGCAAGUUCUUUAUUACGCCAGGGGGAAGCUCGACGCGAUGACACGCGACCAAAGCACACGACACUCGCCCAGCCAUCUCGUACAGACAGGAGCUGGGUGAGUGUCGUGCGCGGGGAAACCGCCGGAGCUGGAACACUACAGCAAAAUGCCGAACAAUUGGAAGAAGUGGAUGCAUUGCAGACCCCUCAUUCUCUACGUUUAAACGGCAACGGCAAGCGUCCGAUGGGGUACGCUUGCCCACGACACUGGGUGAUUUACCCAGACAAACCCCCUCACAUCAGCCAAUUGGCUUGGGCAGCAGUGACCCCUGCCCAACGGAAAGGGCACAUACACUGGCUACGCGAGCUUCGUCAGAUGCCAGAGGAUUUGAUCACGGCCAGCCUGCCAGAGGCAGCGAUAGAGCUGGUCCGCCGCGCGGCAGUGGCACGAGGAUGGAAGUGGACAACCAUCUGCAAAGCGUUGGCGCUUAUAAAGGGUGCCCUCCUCAACCUCCCGUUAUACACAAACCAACGGGAAAGCAUCGACAUUGGCAGGAACCCCAGCUGGAGAGCCGCAACACAGGCGGCCCACAGGUUCGAACGCCGUGCGCCCACCAACCCGCCGGCGCCAGUAACAUAUGCCGAGAUGCAAAAGGCACACAAGGCACUCGCGAGAGAGUGUCCACAGGCAGCCUUGUUCCUCAUGAUGAUGUGGUGCAGCGCGGCGAGGGCAGGCGACAUCGGAUCCCUACACGCAGAAGAUGUGCGCGUCGAACGGGUGACGGAGGGGAAGAACAUGGCACGCCUCACCAUGACGAUGCGGUACGGCAAGGGAGCCAGGUUUCGCGGGCCUUACCCGGUAGGGGCAAUGCUACCACGCGAGGACGCGUCAGUCCUUCAGCACCUCCUGAGCCAGCGUCUGCCACAUCAGAGGUUGUUCCAGGACGUCACGGCGAUCCGGAACAAGGUACGCCAGGCACUGCGGAGCGAGAACCCGUUAUCUGCUCUCCCGUCGAUACGGAAAGGGGCGACGAGACACCUGGCCGCGCAUGGGGUGUCGGAGGAGCACCUCAUGCGCAUGACGGGGCACACGCGCAUCGACACCCUGCGACGGUAUCUGGGUUAUGGCCUCCAAAUGACACGGGAGGCCGAACACGCACAGGACAGCGCCGCCCGUGCCCUCCUCGAGCGGAGUUCUUAG